AUGGCGCUGGGGAAUAGAGACCAAAGGGAGCCACUGAGGGUUUUGGAACUGGGGAGAGAUGAUAAAAUGUGCACGAGAAAUGAAGAUGGGAUAUUCAACCUGGUGUGCGAUCGGAAGUACCUGAAGGAGACCUCACAGUCAGUGUUCAUGGGUGGGCUCCUUGUCGGGGCCCUCAUCUUCGGACCCCUCUGUGACUGGCUUGGCCGCAAAGCCGCCAUCCUGCUGCAGCUGCUGCUCUUAGCCAUCAUCGGCCUGGCCACAGCUUUCGUGCACACGUUUGAACUCUACAUGGCCCUGCGCUUUGCUGUGGCUAUCGCUGUCGCUGGAUUUGCCUUCAGUAGUGUCACCCUGCUUACAGAGUGGGUGGGGCCCUCAUGGAGGACCCAGGCCGUGGUCCUGACCCAAUGCGCCUUCGCCCUGGGGCAGAUGGCACUAGCAGGACUUGCCUAUGGUGUCCGCAACUGGAGGCUCUUUCAGAUCGCAGGCACGGCCCCUGUCCUACUGCUCUUCUUCUACUACUGGGCUCUGCCAGAAUCUGCCCGGUGGCUCCUGACCCGUGGGAGGAUAGAGGAGGCUAAACAAGUGAUCCAGAAGGCAGCCUUGGUCAACAAGCGGAAACUCUCUCCAGAGCUCCUGAGCCAGCUGGUUUCAGAGCAGACAGAACCCUCAGGGAAUGCCCUGGAUCUGCUCAGACACCCCCAGCUCCGGAAGGUGACCCUGGUUCUCUUCUGUGUCUGGUUUGUGAGCAGUCUUGGGUACUUCGGCCUGGGCCUCAAAGUGGGAGACUUUGGUCUGGACAUCUACCUGACUCAGCUGAUUUUUGGAGCAGUGGAGGUGCCUGCCCGCUAUGCCAGCAUCUUCAUGAUGCAGAAGUGGGGCCGCAAAUGGAGCCAGCUGGGGACUCUGGUUCUGGGUGGCCUCAUGUGUAUCACCAUCAUCUUCAUCCCAGCAGGUGCACCUGUGGUGGGAAAGAUCACCACAGCUGCCGCCUUUACCAUUGCCUACAUGUACUCUAUUGAGCUCUUCCCCACUGCCAUCCAUUUAGAGCUGCCUAAGAUGGUCAUGGGGCUGGUGGGCAUCUUCUCAUGGAUUGGGGGCAUCAUCAUGGCUCUGCUGAUCCUGCUAUAGGAGUACCACGUGAACCUGCCCCCUAUCAUUGGCAGCUUCCCCAUUGUGGUAGGCUUGCUUUGCAUCCUGCUGCCAGAGACACGUGGCCAGGGCCUGAAGGACGGCAUCAAGGGAACAGAGGCCUCACCCACACACAGAUGUGGAGAGGAUCUGUACCUGUUUGGCAGUGGAAAAUCUGUGGAAGAAGCAGGCUGCCCUCCUGGGAAGCACGAGUUCUCAGGCAACCAGUGUGCUACCUGCAACCAGACAAGGGCCUCUCCUCUAAAGACUUCUCUGGAGAAACGUUCCUGGCAUACUGGGAAUCCACAGGAAGCUUGGCAGAAAUUAGAGAUUGGGAGGGACAGUGGAGCUGUCACUGUUGGGAGUGGUGCCUCCAGUCUGGGGUACUGCUGCGUGCAGGUCACAGGAGCUGGCAUGGAGCUGGAGGGUGUUGCCACCCAGGUGCAAGAGUCACAGGAGCCAGAUGGGGAGCCAAAGGGUGGAGUCAGCGGCUGUGAGGUGUAUGGGUCACAGGAGCUAGGCAGGAGUCUCCGGCCACAGGCCAUGUAUCGCAGGGCCUGGGCGGGAGUCACUGGCCACGGGUGGUGGGUCGCAGAAGCUGGGCAGGAGUUGCCGGCCACAGGUCCAUGGAGCUGGGUGGCAGUAACUGCUGCAUAUGCUGGUCGCAGGAGUCUGGUGGGGAGCCCAGCCACCCACUGGGGGCUGCUGAACUGGGGAGCCAGUGGGCUGCAGUUCCCAGUGGUCAGUAGUGCAGGACUGAGCUAUGUUCUUUCCAACACAGGGCAAGUCUCUCUCCCCUUGUGA